GCCCAUGCUGGCUAACACACCCGGAACUCACUCUCACUGCUGCCGUCGUCACUGAGGUCAGGUACACGGAGCGAAGAUGGCGACCGCCUACGAGAGAUACAAUUUGCACAUUACCCCGGAGAAGUUCUUCAUCGAGGCGUGCGAUGAGGGAGCUGAUGCUGUUCUGGCCAUCGACAGGGUCUCUAAUGAGAUGACCCUCACAGGUAAAAAAGACGUCCCUCUGUCGGCGGUCACCCGGCCCAUCUGUGGCAUCAUGGGAACCAUCCGUCUGGUGGCAGGUAUGUACCUGAUCGUCAUCACCAGGAAGAGGAACGUGGGCAGCCUGCUGGGUCACGCUGUGUGGAAGGCCGUGGACUUUGACGUGAUCUCUUAUAAGAAGACGGUGCUGCACCUCUCAGAGAUCCAGUCUCAGGAGAACAAGACGUUCCUGUCCAUGAUCAACAACGUGCUGACCACGGACGGAUUCUACUUCUGCACCGACUUCGACCUCACACACACUCUGCAGAGACUCGCCAACACCAGCCCCGACUUCCACGAGAUGAGUCUGCUGGAGCGGGCGGAUCAGAGAUUUGUGUGGAACGGAAACCUGCUGAGGGAGCUUGCUGCACAGCCAGAGCUCCACAGGUUUGCUCUCCCUGUCGUCCAUGGAUACAUCGUCAUGAAGCCGUGUCGUAUCAAUGGAAAGAUCUUUGAGUGGAUCCUGAUCUCGAGGAGGAGCUGCUUCAGGGCCGGAGUCAGAUACUACGUCAGAGGCAUUGACUCUGAAGGCCACGCCGCCAACUUUGUGGAGACGGAGCAGAUCGUUUUGUACGAGGGAGCAAAGGCUUCGUUUGUGCAGACACGAGGCUCGAUGCCCUUCUACUGGAGUCAGAGACCCAACCUCAAAUACAAACCUAAACCUAUUAUCAGCAAAACCACCAAUCACCUGGAUGGUUUCCAGAGACAUUUCGACUCUCAGCUGCUCAUCUACGGGAAGCAAACCAUUCUGAACCUGGUGAAUCAGAAGGGCUCAGAGAAGCCGCUAGAACAGGCCUUUGCUAAGAUGGUGUCGGGUAUGAACAACGGUAUGCUCCACUACAUCGCCUUUGACUUCCACAAAGAGUGCAGUAAGAUGAGGUGGGACCGACUGCAGAUCUUAGUGGACUCUGUCGCUGAGACGCAGGAUGAAUACAGUUACUUCAUGGUGAACCCCGACGAGAAGACGGUGGCCCAGCAGAGAGGAGUGUUUCGCAGUAACUGCAUGGACUGCUUGGAUCGGACCAACGUGAUCCAGAGCCUGCUGGCCCGGCGCUCCCUGCAGUCCCAGCUUCAGAGGAUGGGGGUUCUGAACGUGGGUCAGCGGGUCGAGGAGCAGGCCGAGUUUGAAAAGAUCUACAAGAACGCAUGGGCUGACAAUGCCAACGCAUGUGCUGUGCAGUACGCAGGAACAGGAGCCCUGAAAACAGACUUCACCAGGACGGGGAAGAGGACCAGGUUGGGGCUGCUGAUGGACGGCUGGAACUCCAUGAUCAGAUACUACAAGAACAACUUCUCUGAUGGAUUCAGACAGGACGCCAUCGACUUGUUUCUGGGCAACUUCGCUGUGGACGAGUCCGACGGUCCGACUCCUCUUCGAGUGCAGAAGGACUGGAAGUUCCUCACGCUGCCCAUCAUCAUGCUGGUCGCCUUUUCUAUGUGCAUCGUCUGCCUUCUGAUGGCCGGCGACACGUGGACGGAGGCUCUGGCAUACGUGAUGUUCUGGGGAGCAGCGAGUGCGAUCACAGGAACCAUCAUCAUGUUCAACGGGCAGGACUUUGUGGACUCCCCCAAACUGGUUCACAAGGAGAAGAUGGACUGAGAGCGUGUGUGAGACUGUGUGUGUGUGUGUGUGCGUGCGUGCGUGCGUGUGUGUGUGUGUGUGUGUGAGGAUUAUAUACCUCUUCAUCGUCUUCUUCCUCCUCAUAUGUGGACUCUCUGAAUCUUUCAGACUCUGUGGUGUAUCUACAGGAUCCUCUGGUGUUCUGCACUCACUCCUAAACUUUACUGAACACGUCCUUCAUUUCUCUCGUACCGUCUCUUCUGGGUUUGUCUGGGAUUUCUGACGGCACUUAGGUCAACACUACUGUACCGUUAACCAUUCUUAACGUUUAAAAUCUGUAAAGAAAAAAUGUUAGAAAAGGCACCUUUUCGUUUGUUCUUCAUCCAACACCUCUAGAUUAAAGUCCUGCUCUCUGAUUGGACGAAAACUUGUCAACACUAAUUUUCAGAACCAAUCUUUUUUAAUCAAUACAGUCUCAGUUCUUUAAAUCAUCAAUGGUAUCAAAACUUCAGAUUUUCAGUCAUUUUUAACUAAAAGCUGCCGCCGGAGAAAGAGAGACGACACUGUCUUAGUUGCAGGAAUUCGUCUACAAUAACCGUAUAAUUUGGUGUAAAAGACGCCUUUCUUUUCAUCUAUGUAGCGCGCUGGUUCCUCUGUACCAGUGCGACCAAUAUACCAGUAUGAAAUGUUGAGACAUGCGUUGUCAUGACCGCAAGUGAAGCUGCCGCCGUCACCUGCUGCACACGUCCUGACACGAUCAAAAAUUAGCCCCCUUACAAACAAGUGACAAACAAGCAGCUGCUUCCAGUGUCCGCUGUGCAAAGCAUGCUGGGAAACGUAGUGAAGCUGACCAGGCAGACAGUGCCAUCUUUUCUCCUUCAUGAGGUCAUAAACCUGCGUUUAAAGAAUCUGUGGAGUCCUGGUUUGAGUCAAACGACUCCUCCACUAAAGACAACGAGUGACCAGCAGAGGUUUGCAGCGUGACUUUGGGACACUUGGUCGGGGGCUGUGGGUUCAAACUUUGUAACAUUAAACAUGACCGCAGGCUGCGAGCUCAACUGGCAUACUGUUGGCCUGUUAGAGGAAUGUAAACUCCACACAUGGUGAAACAAGAUUGGACUAGAAGGAGCUACACAGCUGUGCAGACACUGCACGUUGUGGACUCGAUAAAAAUCAUCACACAGGAAGCAGUUUAAACCUCCCAAAGAACAGACUGCGUCUUAUUUAGCAGUGCACUUUUAUGGUCAUUAAUAACAAUAAGUUACACGACAUAGGGUGUGUAGGACUUCUGUUUGUGUUGCCGUGGUGUUGAAAUCAUUUGAUUUUUACUUGUAUUAUAGCAAAGAUUAAAAAACUCUCGUACCCUGACGCUCCUUAACUCUGCAUAUUUACUAAAUGACCACGCUCGAAAGUGUCCUGACUCCACUGAGUGAGAGAGAGACGGCGAUAAACAACCAAACUGAAACUGUGCGGGGCUGAAAUACGACUGCUAAGGUUGUUUUGUGACGUUUCUUUUGACGCCAACACAAAGCGAGGGGGGGGUGGGGGGUGGUUUUGUGUCCUCGCCUCAUGUAACACACUCGGCCAUUUCAUUCAUCAUUAGUAUGAACAUUAGGAUCAUUGUGGAGCUUUAAGGAUGUUUCCUGUCACCGUGUUCGUCUCAGACGGAGGAUGAAUUCAUGUCGGUGAGCCCCAAACUGUCACACUAACACAUUCCUGAUGGAUGUCUUACGGCGUGCACGUCCAUGAUACGUUUCUAAUGUAACCGCCUUACAGAUGCAUCAAUAUUUGUCCGUCUGUCCGUGUGUACCUGGAGUGAAAUACAUGUCGUCCUUUCCGGCUCAUUUUAUCCAUGUGUGUCUCAUUUUGCACUUCGGACGCCAUCGAGUGAUCUCGUCGUUUUGUUUCUUUUUUUUAUUUCAUGCGUUUUGCUGGUUAAACAAAAAAAACCGAGCAGGUGAUCGUAACGGAGCGUGAGGGGAAGUGUGUGUGCCGUAUCACACGACUUACCAACUUCACUGAUUUCCAACGUGUGUUAAUUACAGAAAUCUUUGUUAAAUGAGAUCAAAUGUCCGAUUCAAGCGUAAGAAUCCGAACUUUGAACCUGUUUGUAAAUCUGAUUUCACGCUAACAGAUGUUUGAGUUCUACGUUCUGAUUUUUCUGUUUUUUGUUUACAUGUGAAGAUUCCCGUUACUGUCACACAUUAGGAAGAACGAUGAAGCUCUAAAUGUGUCGACAUAAAGCUCUAGACGACGUGUUUGUGGUGUUGAUUAAGACGUCUGUGGUGCAUUAUGUACACGUCUCUUUUGUUUCUCCUCCGAAGCCUUCAGAUUCAGACCUCAUCCUGACAUUUCUGUAAUUAUCAAUAAACUCCAGUGAACACACACUGAUUGCAAAUAUA